UCUGGACAGCUGGUGCAAAAUUGUCCAAUGUCCUUGUCUUAGUGAAUGAGGAGCUGAAGGCCGCGGGUGGUUGAAAACAGAAGGAACCAUGGUCAAUUUUGCAGCAGCUGUCCGUGAGUAUUGGACGCACAUAUUCGUUCCUAUGGGCUUUGUGAUUGGAUGGUACCUUGACAAACAGCAGGACCAGAAGCUGACAGCUUUCAGGAAUAAGAGCUUUUUGUACAAAAGGGAGCUGAAGCCAGGCGAGGAGGUGACCUGGAAGUAGACGCUCCGCUACUUGAAAAGCCCUUGUACCCGUGGUGUGAAUGAGUGUUGGGUGGUCCUCAAAUCACAAUAGUUAAGAGGACUCCUGUAACCCUACGUUUGAGUUGUAUCAACCAAUAAUAAACAUGUUGUUCCUCAUCCAAAAAA